GUGUCUCAGAUUGAGCCAGAUCCGUUUCUCCUUCACUUUCCCCUCUCGAUUCUGCCUCACUAAACUUUCUCAAAAGAUCGACACUUUUCCGGCGUUUCCGGUUUAACAUCUUCGUCGCGCAGAGCCACGUCUUGUUCUCGCCUUAGCACAAUUCGAAGUCGUGUUCUCCUUCGUUCUUGUUGUAUAAAACCAAAACCAAACUCAAAGUCUCUUGGGCACCAUACGAUGAACGAUCUUCUAAAGGGCUCGUUUGAGCUUCCACGGGGUCAAUCUUCUAGAGAAGGAGAUGUGGAGCUAGGGGAACAAGGAGCAGCAGAUCAAGGAUUAGAUGAUUUCUUCAAAAAGGUUCAAGAUAUUGACAAACAAUAUGAAAAGCUCAAUAAGCUUCUAAAGAAACUUCAGGCUGCUCAUGAGGAGUCCAAGGCUGUGACCAAAGCUCCCGCCAUGAAGGCAAUAAAGAAGAAAAUGGAAAAAGACGUUGAUGAAGUGGGAAGUAUAGCUCGUUUCAUUAAGGGGAAGCUCGAGGAGCUGGACAGAGAGAACUUGGCAAAUAGACAAAAACCUGGGUGCGGGAAAGGAUCUGGUGUGGAUCGAUCAAGAACAGCGACCACACUUUCCUUGAAGAAGAAGCUAAAAGACAAGAUGGCCGAGUUUCAGGUUCUAAGAGAGAACAUACAACAAGAGUACCGCGAGGUUGUUGACAGGCGUAUUUUUACAGUAACUGGGCAGCGAGCCGACGAAGAUACAAUUGAUGAGUUGAUUGAAACUGGAAACAGCGAACAGAUCUUCCAGAAAGCGAUUCAGGAGCAAGGAAGAGGACAGGUGAUGGACACCUUGGCGGAAAUUCAAGAACGUCAUGAUGCUGUCAGAGACUUGGAAAAGAAACUUCUUGACUUACAACAAAUUUUCAUGGAUAUGGCAGUUUUGGUUGAUGCACAAGGAGAAAUGCUUGACAACAUUGAAUCUCAGGUGUCAAGUGCAGUAGAUCACGUGCAAUCGGGAAACACGGCUCUUCAAAGAGCAAAGAGCUUACAGAAGAACUCAAGAAAAUGGAUGUGUAUUGCAAUCAUCAUCCUUCUCAUUGUUGUUGCUGUGAUCGUUGUUGGUGUUCUCAAGCCUUGGAAAGACAAGAAGGCUUAAGAUGAAUACAAGAAUAUGUGUAAACAAACAAACAAAAAUCAUCCUUACGUGCGGCUUUUACUGAGCGAGUGUUUAUCAAAUGUGUGAAGAGUCUUUUUACCACAAAACGAAAUUCUAUAUUCUUUUAAUUGGAUGAACAAACCAAUUUCUCUA